AUGAACCGCGCAGGUCAACUCGGCGCGCUGCCCCACGCCGACCAUCGCGACCAAUCACGCAGAAAGCAGAAUACGAGACACUUCUCCAACUCGCUUCAACUCCAGCAGCCGCUGCAGCUCGAAUAUGACGGACUCACGAUUGGGCACCUUGCAGUGGCCGAUGUUGCGCAUUCGGUCGGGAGCGCGCAUGUGAACAUUGGGAAUUUUGACAGCAGCGGCAUGCGUCACGGAGUGCGCAUCUUUUCCCACUUCCCAGGCCCCAGCUGCGCAGCAGCAUCACCGGGACAACUGUCGGCCAGCAGGCACCUGCAGAAACUGAACACGCAGUAUCGCAACCACGGGCAACCUGCAUCCCGUUAUCGGAGUCACAUGCACGAGCCACAGUCUGUUAACUGCCCGGAGCGGUUUGGAGAGCACAGCGACGCGACGCACCUGCGUGCGCCCGGAUGGACUCCGAGUACGGGACUCUUGGAACACGUCCCCGGAAUAGACUCUGAUCUUGUGGACGAGGAGGUUCUGAUGAGUCUGGUGGUGGAGUUCGGGUUGGACCGUGUGACGGAGCUUCCGGAGCUGUGGCUCGGACACAACGAGUUCGAGUUGGUGGCGGAUUUUGUGUGUAAACAGCAAAGCAGAGUGAGCUGA